CGCCAGGAGCGCACUAUGUUGGACAUUGAGGCGCCAGUCACGGUGUGCGGAGAUAUCCACGGCCAGUUCUUCGACCUGAUGAAGCUGUUUGAAGUGGGGGGUUCUCCUGCCAACACUCGCUACCUCUUCCUAGGGGACUACGUGGACAGGGGCUACUUCAGUAUCGAGUGUGUGUUAUACCUGUGGUCACUGAAAAUCCUCUACCCAAAGACGCUCUUUCUUCUACGGGGAAACCAUGAAUGUAGACAUCUGACAGAAUAUUUCACCUUCAAACAAGAAUGUAAGAUCAAGUACUCGGAACAGGUGUAUGACUCCUGCAUGGAGGCGUUCGAUUGCCUGCCCCUGGCCGCCCUGAUGAACCAGCAGUUCCUGUGUGUGCAUGGGGGGCUUUCACCAGAGAUCCACACGCUGGACGACAUCAAGAAGUUGGACCGGUUCAAGGAGCCCCCAGCGUUUGGGCCCAUGUGCGACCUGCUGUGGGCCGACCCCCUGGAAGACUUUGGCAAUGAGAAGACCCAAGAGUACUUUGGCCACAACACAGUCAGAGGCUGCUCCUAUUUUUACAGUUACCCAGCAGUGUGCGAGUUCCUACAGACCAACAACCUGCUGUCAAUCAUCAGAGCGCAUGAAGCACAGGAUGCAGGGUAUCGUAUGUACAGGAAGAGUCAGACUACAGGUUUUCCCUCCCUCAUCACAAUCUUCUCUGCUCCAAACUACCUGGAUGUCUACAACAACAAAGCGGCGGUGCUGAAGUAUGAGAACAAUGUGAUGAAUAUCCGCCAGUUCAACUGCUCUCCUCACCCCUACUGGCUGCCCAACUUCAUGGACGUCUUCACCUGGUCGCUGCCUUUCGUGGGAGAAAAGGUGACUGAGAUGUUGGUCAACGUCCUGAGUAUCUGCUCUGAUGACGAACUCAUGAACGACGAUCACAUUAAUGACUUUGUGUAUGACGCUUUUCCAGCCAGUGCAGCAGCAGCCAGGAAAGAGGUGAUCAAAAACAAGAUUCGAGCCAUUGGGAAGAUGGCUAAAAUGUUCUCUGUUCUACGGGAGGAGAGUGAGAACGUGUUGACCCUGAAGGGGCUGACCCCUACGGGCAUGCUGCCCAGCGGAGUGCUGUCUGGGGGCAAACAGACCUUGCAGAGCGCUACCAUUGAGGCCAUUGAAGCCAUCGAGACAGUUAAGGACGCUGAAGCCAUCCGAGGCUUCUCUCCGCAGCAUCGGAUCAGCAGUUUCGAGGAGGCCAAAGGCCUGGAUCGGAUCAACGAGAGGAUGCCGCCUCGACGCGACGGCGUCAACAGCGUGGGCCUGUCGAUGGGCCGCAUGAACAUGGGAGAGCCCAACGGGACCGACAGCAACAGCAAUAUACAGUGAUGGACAUACACUCCCACAUGCCCAAACACAUACCUGCAGUUACAACAACUCUGAUGAGUUACCGGAUUUAUACAUAUGUGUACAUAGGCAUAUAUACACAAGAUAAAUGCACAACACACACACGCACAUACACGAACACAGUAUUACAUUCACUGAAUAGUCUACAGACAACAUCAC